ACUGCAUCAAAAUGAGACCAAAAGUUGACAAGGAUUUACUGCCUAUGAAGGCCCAUUAUUUUUUCUUUAAUGCUGGCACGGCACCCGUUGUACCCUUUAUGCCCACUCUCGCCAAACAGUUGGGCUAUUCCAAUGUCGUUGUGGGGACCAUGUAUGCUAUACUGCCGGUGAUUGGUAUGCUGGCCAAACCAUUAUGUGGCUUUAUUGCAGAUCGGUAUCAACGUCAUCGCAGCCUUUUUAUUGCCGCUGAAAUUCUUACCGCAGUUGCCUUCUUUGCCAUAAUGUUUACACCCGCCAUUCCACAACAGCCACCCUCUGUGGCAUUUCACUGUCAUGCCGGUGAGGCAAAUUUCCAUUUUUGUACCGAAGAUCAGUGUACACUGAACGAAUUAGAACGUGACUAUGAAGAUAAGGCAUUGGCAUGUAAGCUCAAUUGUCCCACAGAGGCAUAUAUGUGGGAUAUCAUAUGUCAAAAUUGGAAUGUCACAUCAUCGGGGCUGUGUCCACCGGCAAAUAAUACCGCCAACAUUGAUAUAAGUGCCACAUUCACAAAUUUGCUGGUGGAACGCAAUGAAACCACCAAUGAGGGGUGUGCGUUCUUCAGUGUACCGCACAUAAAGGCUGAGGUGAAUGGCCAUAAUGCCACCAUGUAUUGUCCCAAGGAUAAGCCAUAUUUUAAGGCGCAGUGUUCAAUGCAAUGCAACGAUACCUACUUGGAUAGUAAAAUUUCCAAUGAUCCGGUGAUUAGCACCAAAGCUGCCAUGGGUCUGUAUCAAUUCUGGUGGUUUUUCGGAAUGUUGAUCAUUUCGUGGAUUGGUAUGGCCGCUGUGGUUAGUAUUGGUGAUGCCAUUUGUUUUGGUAUUUUGGGUGAGCGGGCCCAUUUGUAUGGCAAACAGCGGCUAUAUGGUUCGGUGGGUUGGGGUAUAUUCUCCAUUUUGGCUGGGGUCCUCGUUGAUAAAAUGUCCAAUGGUGUGGAAAAGGAUUACACCAUUGUAUUUUGGAUGACGGCGGUGUUGAUUGGCUUGGAUGUUGUGGCCUCAAUGAAAUUAAAGCACACCCAAACCCACUUAUCCCCCAAUAUCCUCAAAGAUGUGGGUCAAAUGUUCCUCUCCGUACGCUGUUUGGUCUUCUUUGUGUGGUGUAUAUUCAUAGGCCUGGGCACGGCGCUGAUAUGGAACUUUUUAUUUGUUCACUUGGAGUCGUUGGGUGGUUGUGAUGCCACCUAUAUGAAGACUCUCCAAGGAUUUGUCAUGUCCAUUCAAUGUUUUUGUGGCGAAUUGCCAUUUUUCUUUUUCUCCGGUUGGAUUUUGAAGAAAAUUGGUCAUGUUAAUGCCAUGAGUAUGGUCCUGUUUGGAUUUGGUGUACGUUUUAUUUUGUAUUCCAUGUUACAAGAUCCAUGGUAUGUCCUGCCCAUUGAGUUGUUGAAUGGUGUUACCUUUGGUUUGUUUUAUGCCACAAUGGCUUCGUAUGCCAGUAUUGUUGCACCACCCGGUACUGAGACCACAAUGCAGGGCUUGGUUGGUGCCAUUUUCGAAGGUGUUGGUGUGUCGGUGGGCAGCUUGAUUGCCGGCUAUCUUUUUGAUUCGAUUGGCGGUGGUCAUACUUUUGAAAUCUUUGGUGUUGCGGCAUUUAUUGCCUUCAUUGUACACGUGUGUUUGCAAAUGUAUUUGCAACGUCAUCAUUCGAGUAGUGAUACGGAAAAUGGCACUGUUAAAUAUUUAGCGCCUACAGAUGCCAUGCAUAUGCUUAACGAUCAAGAAUUUCUAACGUAGAUGUGGGCUGU